AUGUAUGUUCUCGAAGAAAAAAAGAAUAGCUCUUCAGGUGACCAAGUUCACAAUCAGGAAAAUGUCUUAUCUAAUAAAGAGGAGCCCAAUGAAAUCAACAAUGUCGGCCUUAUUCAAAAGUUUAGGAGUUCACUGACACCAAAGCAUAGAUUGCAUAUAUCUAUUCGUACACAGCUGAUAGCCUUAGUGCUAUUCGUCUCGUUAUUCUCGCUUCUUACUUUGGCUAUAGCGACGGGUGUCUACUUCAGUACAGUAUUAAAACGUACUAGAGCCUCGAAUCUCGAGGUUGCAGCUCAACUUAAGGCUGCACAGAUGGAACAAGGGUUUAAUUAUUAUUACUAUCAGGCACUUCUUCUCAGUUCCAAGGAAAGUAUUCAAUCAGCUUUGGUAUACAGAAAAGCGGGUAAUGCUUCGUCAUCUUUGAUCGACACUGCUGAGACCACAAUAGAUCAGUUUUUAGAAACUACAACAAUGUUUAAUGGCGUGCGACUUUAUGAUACUAGUUUCGAUUCUGUUGCUACUGUUACGGGUCCGAAUACUGGGCUUAAUAAUUCUGAAAUCGAGUCUCUAUACAUCCUUAGUGAAAUUCCUCAAAACCCUCCUGACAUUUUACUUAAAGAGGGCGGGUUUAUCUGGGGUCCAGUUCAGUCGGGAAGUUCAUAUUUUGCAUCAUUUUCACUUGCCAUCAAUACAAAUUCAACCUUUUUAAUUCAGGAGCGCUCACUUGCAGGUUAUAUGACAUUAAUAAUGAAUAUCACAGUUUUAAAUUUUGCUAGUGAUAAUACAUCUUCCUCUGAUGGGCAGAGUGUUGAAUUCGUGAAGCCCGAUUUUCCCAUAAAUAAUUCUUCCGAUGUUAGUGGUUUUAGUUAUGUGUUUCAACCGAAUGAUUUGGUUAGUAUAGAUACGGUUUAUGACCUCGAUUCGUAUGAGCCAGUGGAGGAUAUGUUUGGAGAGGAUAAAUCCAUAGGCUACACUUUAAAUGUAAAGAAUCCUAUUGGACAAGGAGUUUCUGUUGGUUACGCCUUAAUAGACUUUACUUAUGGUAAAUGGGGAGUGACUUUAGAGCAACUAGAUUCGAAAUUUAUGGAACCAAUAAUGAAGCUAACCAAAAUGAUGGUUGGUGUGUGCAUAGGUAUUUCGGCUCUUAUGCUUUUUAUAACAUUUAUUUUGGCCUAUUAUGGUGUGAGACCUAUAAGGCGACUUCAAAAGGCUGCUGAAACUAUUACUGAGAGGCGAGGGUUGCGUUCUAAUAGGCAUUAUCGCCAUCACCACCACAGUCUACAUUCCAAGCGAGCAUCUUUGCAUUUUAAAUCACGUUCUAGAAAAGAAAAAAAGCUUCAAAGGGAACAUUCAUGGCCCCCUGUCUUCCAGGGAUCACAUUUAUCACCUUCUCCCUGCAAUAUUAUUGUGACUUCAACUUCACAAGAUGCACAUGAGUCUGAAGCUAGCCAAACUGCCGUCCGAAAAAAAGCGAUUUUGGCACCAUCAUCAGUGCCUGGCAAUACUUCAGGCUCACUAAGAUCAUCUAUUCAAGGACGAUCUAGGCAUGAUAGUGAGGGUUAUCUCGAAUCUUAUUCUGUUACUGAAGCAUCCACUGAUGCAGAGAAUAAUGCAACAUCUACACCAUUGCCUGCAAUUGUUCCCAUACAUGGGAUAUUUUACGAUGAGUUAACUGAAAAACUUGACAAGCAAUAUUCUCAUUUAGAAGAUAGAGUGCGUGCUAGAACUAAGGAGUUAGAAAUCGCUAAAAUCCAGGCUGAUGCGGCUAGGCAGCAGGCCGAAGCUGCUAAUGAAGCCAAGACUGUCUUUAUUGCUAACAUUUCGCAUGAGCUGCGCACGCCGUUGAAUGGAAUUUUGGGUUGUCAUCAAAGUACUCGGUAUUAUGAUGAAAAAAGAUCCAAGGAGGAAAACUAUGGCAAGGUCUACAUUAAAGGUGUACACGACGCACCUGAAAUAAAUCCACCCUUCCAUCCUGAAUCUCUUCGUCGGAGGUUAUCUGAUUCUGGUGAUUCUAUGAAAUCUUCAAAGAGUGAAUGGACUUUAAAUACCCUAAGUUCCGAGGAAUAUCACAAUCAACUAGCAGAUGCUUAUAAUUAUAGUGUGUCCAAAAGCUACUUUGAUGAGGAGGAUGGCGACUUCCUAAAUAUUGAAGAUACCAGCGAUAGUGACAAUCAUCGCCUUCAUGAAUGUCAUGAGUUUAAAGAUGUUAAAAAAUAUUGGGUUGUGCGCUUUUCUGUUAGUGAUACUGGAACGGGUAUUGAAAAAUCUCUGCAAGAAAAGAUAUUUGAAGCAUUUGUGCAGGGUGAUCAGACACUUUCCCGUUCACAUGGUGGUACUGGUUUAGGCCUUUCGAUCUGCAAGCAGUUUGCCAAGCUUAUGCAUGGAACAUUAAUACUCAACUCUGUCGUGGGACAGGCUGAUUAUUCCAAAGAGCAGGAGACAGAAUUUUACGAUGACGUGUUCAACCCAAAGCAUCCUCCAUCCAAACGAGUUAAGUUCACGGAUGGUAGUGAUAAAAGUUCAGGUUCUCUGGGAGUCAAAAAGUCUGGGUUAUCGGAUAAUUCGGGAAAAAAUGGGCGACAGAACUUACUUUUUGAUCCGCUCAGUAAUCCGUUUGUCAAGCCUGAAUUGAUUACCAGAGCUUCCACGGGAACAGCAAAGUCGAAGAUUUCUGCAGAUAGGGAGCAUCUGGCUCUAUUUCUAAGUGAAAGCUAUGAUCCAGUUAAAGCGCAUCUACGUUUUCUGGUGGCGGAAGAUAAUCUUGUCAAUCAGGAAGUGGUCAAAAGAAUGAUGAAACUCGAAGGUUAUACCGAUGUGACGCUGGCCUGCGAUGGAUUUGAGGCUAUUGAUCUUGUCAAGCAGUCACAAAAGGCUGGUAAAAAGUUUGAUCUUAUUUUGAUGGAUGUACAGAUGCCUAAGCUUGAUGGAAUAAGUGCAACUCGGAUAAUUCGUCAUCAGCUCGGAUAUACAUAUCCGAUUGUUGCUUUGACCGCUUUUGCAGAUAAGUCGAAUGAGGAUGAGUGUAUUGAGGUAGGAAUGUCUGGCUUUCUUUCGAAGCCUGUUAGAAGAAAUCUUUUAAGAAAGAUAAUUAAGCAAUUCUGCAAUGAGUCUGACAUAUCCAAAGAUUGUGGCAAGAAGCCAUCUAAUGUUUCCCCCUUUAAGGAUGAUGAUAUAUCAUCAUAA